UCACUUUUAUCUUUCAUAAACAUGUAUUGUUUAGAGUUACCUUAUAGGAAGAUGGGUCUUUUCCGUAUUUAGUUCUGAAAUUGUUUGCACGUCGAUGAAGGCACAGGCUAAACCUAUCCCUCAGCAUUACCUUUCUACUUGCAGGUGAUUUAAAGUUCAUUAAUAAUAAAAACAAGAUUUUAUUUUAUGUAGUAAAAGCUGCCUUGUUUACUUAUGUCUAACACGAAAGAUUGUCAUAGUCUACUGUGUGUACGUAUAAGAAUAAAACCACUUACAAUAGGAUAAUUCGAAUUUUAUUCGAAAUAAUAAAAUACAUUAAUAUUUAGAUGCUAGUUAUAAAAUAAUACUAACAUUAUGAAGCAAAAUUAUCAUAUGAAAUUUAUAUUUUAAACAGUACAUGCAUUAUACAAGGACACUUUGCCAGAUUAGAUUGGAUUGAGGGUAGAAGGAAGUGCAAUCUGUCAAGGUGAAAGGCUUUUACGGGAAACUAGCCCCCUAUUUAGGUGUUAGAUAUGUGAAGAACACUUAGAAAACUCCACUUAAAUUAAAUAGAACAGAUUUUAUUUUAUUGAAAGAUAUAUUAAUGUGUGUUAUCAUACGUUCUCUGUAGUAAAAACAUGUCUAGUCGAAGUAUAUAGUCGUUUUACUAAUUGUAGUACUUAACAAUUGAAGGUAUAUUUAAUAAAUUAUCUUUAAAAGACAACUAAAUUAACACUGGAGGAUAUAAAUAUCACUUUAAUAUAUUUUCCACUUUAUAAGCUUAAUUGUAAAUAAAUCUACUUUAUAACUCGUCUAUUAUCUGUUUAAUAUCUUAAAUAUAAACAUUAAAUCAAGUGUUUAAAAGUUGAAAUCAGCAAAACAUCUCUCUUCCUUACUUCUAUCUUCAUUUAAAAAGCACACAGAAAAUUUAAGAAAUUACGAAGAUGAUCUGCCAAAAGUGGACUAUCAACAAGAAAUUGUUACCAAUGAAACUCCAUUAUUUAUUCUAUUCGUUAGCAAUAGGAUCAGCAUUGAUUUAUUUUCCACUAAUAGCCAAAAACAUUGGAAUAAGUGCUACAGGAUUGGGUGUAAUGUUCACAGUUGUUCCCUUCGUCACUACACUAAUCAAUCCAUUAUUCGGAUGUAUCACUGAUAAAUUCAAGAAAAUUAAAUUCAUAAUUAUGUUUUUAACAAUACUACAUACACCAAUUUAUUUUUCUAUUAUUUAUAUCCCAGAAAUUUCAAAAGAAAAAUAUAUUUUUAACGAUGUUAAAUUUCAUUUUGGUGAUGAUGAUAAUACGUCUUCUAUUUUCAUCGAAUCUUCACAAUUUACGACAAAGAAUCCGGAUAACGAGUUAUUAAAGUGUAAAAUAGAAUAUAAAACUUGCAAUAUAAGUGAAGAAUUGUGCCAAAAAUCAUUUAAUAUAACAAGUAAAUCAUAUCUAAAUAGCUCUACUGUAUUACGAGUGACGAAUAUGACAUUAGAGGAUAAUAUAACAAUGAAUCUUUGUUUUAAACAACUGAAUGAUAAAUAUAAUAUUAGCUGUUUGUUGGAAGAAGAAAUAAAUUCGUUUCUUUAUUAUCAAUUCUGGCUUUUUGUUCUAUUAUCAUCAUCUGCAGUUAUUAUUACUGAUGUAAUUAUAGCAUUAUCAGAUGCUGCUUGUUACGAAUCUCUCGAAGGAAGAGUUAAUCAGUUUGGUAAACAAAGAUUAUGGCUUUCUUUUGGAUGGGGAGUUGCAUCUAUGUUUACAGGAUACAUUGUAGAAGCUGUAAAUAUCAAGAACAAAAGAAAAACUGAUUUUUCUGUAUGUUUCUAUAUAAUGUUACCUUUGAUGAUAUUUGAUAUUAUUACACUGAAAUUUACAAACAUGAGAAAAGAAAAGACAUCGAAUAAUUUAUUAAAGGAUAUUUCAAAAAUAUUCGUAAAACCUCAUCCAUUCUUCUUCAUCACAGCUGUGUUUCUUGUAGGAGCAUUCUCUGGUUUACAAUGGAACUAUUCAUUUUGGUAUUUAGAAGAACUUGGAGGUAGUAAGAUAUUAAUGGGUAUAAGUUCGGCAAUUCUUUGUUUUUUUGGUGAUAUUCCAUUUAUGUUUAUUUCUGGUUGGAUCAUCAAAAGAAUUGGAAGAGAUAACAGCAUGUCUUUGGCAUUUGUUACCUUUUCUAUAUGGUUUUUAACUGCUUCUUACAUCUACGAACCUUGGUUGAUUAUAUUGCCUUACUUGGUUCAAGGACCAUCUUAUGGUUUAUUUUAUGCAGCGAUGACAUCUUAUGGUAAACUUGUAGCUGUAGAGGGGACAGAAGCCACUAUGCAAACUGUCAUGGGAGCCGCAUUUCAUGGUUUAGGGAUAGGCACAGGAAGUUUAUUUGGUGGAAUCGGUUUUGACAAAUACGGUGCUCGUUUCACUUAUCGUUUUGUAGGUUAUUUUGCCAUAGGAACUGCCAUCGUAUACAAAUUAAUAACGAAAUUUAUAGGAGGAGAAGCUUCUAUGGUAAAAGAAACAGAUAAAAAAGAAGAAGUGAAUAUCGAAAAGACAAUGAUGGAAGAGUCAAUUACUGAAAGUAAAUACUCAACAGAAGAACUGCAGAAUCGAUCAAGGUGUUAAUUUAUAGCAAGACACAUCGAGUAUUACCUCGAAGAGUCAGUUUUGUGGGCGUCAGUGACACCAGACAUCCCCAUCAGGACCCUGUUACAUAAAGAUUACAAGUCUUAUAAAUACUUGUAGCUUGUAAUUUGUAACUUUGUAAAACUUGUAACAAUUACAAGCGUUUUAUGCAACAGGAUCCCGAAUUCAAUUUAUUGCCAUUUUGGAGACAGCAGUAUACAGAUUCGAGUUUUGAGGUCAGAGAGGUUUCAGGCAAGGGUGGACUGAACACUAGACCUUUAAUGAAAUCACAGAAGAAAAAGGGAUGUACUCUGGGCCCUUUGCAUGAAAUUCUAACCUAAAUUAACUGCACAAUCAACCAUGUCCUCUGAAAUAUCUACAAGACACUGCAGGGGGACGUCACCGCAAGGGGAGCAUUUACACAUUACAUUUGACAACCUGUUCCACUUGAUAUUUCUGAAUGCACUAAAAGGCUAUAGUACCCAUUUUUUCAUGUGCUACAACUUUGUAGUAUUUUCAAUCGAGAUAGAAAUUACAAUUAGAAAUAGGUGCAUAGAGACUUGUUACCACCCUGUAUAAAGGAAAUAAUGAAAACAUCUAAAAUUAAUUUUAUUAUAUUACCAAAAUUAUUUUUAUGCUCAUGAAUAUUCUAAUAUAAAGUAUUGUUAAUGAAAAUAAUGUUAAUGUGUAAAAUAAAAUUUAAAAAAUGCUAAUGUAAAGAAAUAUUCUAUUCUGUAGGGAUGCUUAAAUUCCAAGUUACGCUUCUUUUUCACGCUUCAUAAGUGUGUGGAAUGAAAAGUGUACAAUGUUUAUUUUAUAUUUUACACUCACUACACUUUAUUUUAAAUAAAUUAUUAAUCUUUCUACGUUUAAAUACCUUUCUAAAAAUUGCAUUUAUCUAUAAUUAUCAUCCAAUCUUCUCCUGAAAACCCUUUUUUAAUAUCAGUGUGUGGCUUCAACUGGAAGUAAUACUACAGGUAUUAAGAAAAUUUUAGUUUAAGUCAUUGCAUUAUUUUCAUCUUAAACAAUUUAAACUGUUUAAAUCAAUAUAAAAACGAUAGUGAGAUCAAAAUAGUAGAAAGAAUCAUCCUCAACGACUUCGUAAAUGUUAAGAGUAUUGCAUAUAAGCUUAUAUAGGGGAGACCGGGGCAACUUCGGCAUGCGGGGCAAGUUUGUCAAGCGCU